UUCGAGGCUCCUAGAUAAAGGCUGGUCUGAAUAUCGCAAACUGGUCGACGUGACCAUGGAGGACCCCGCCCUUGAACCACAGGCGUGUGACUACCACGCUUCCAAGGGAGCCGCUCCUAGCGGACGUGCAGGCGCUCCACCCUACCCCGAGCCCGUCGUUCAUUGUUACCCGCUGACACACAAGGAUGGCAAGACAUGGGCAACUCUGCGUGUCCACAGCAGGGCUUCCUCGGCGGAGUUGCUCCCUCGUUUGGUCCAAGGGGAGCCGAUACAAGGUUCUCUGGAUCUUGAGCUUCCUAAGGAGACCUCAAUAAAGUCUAUUAGCGUCAGCAUCGUAGGCAACCUCGUCAGCAACGCAAACACCCGCUAUGAAUUCGCGCAUGAAUCCUGUACUCUUUGGUCCACACAGGAAGGGGAAUCUCUUCCUGAGGGUGGCGAGCAGCUGCAUCGCGGCAAGCUCGAAGGAACCUUCAGCUGGCCAUUUUCCUUGGAACUGCCACAGACAGUUGACCUCCACGAGAGCGAAGGGAGGACAGCGACCUAUCCCCUGCCGAGCUUUAUAUCCAGCGCCUGGAGUCUCGUGAAUGUUGCCUACACCCUUCAAGCUACGAUCAAGCAUGGCUCCUUCCUUCACCCCGAUCAUAUUAUUAGUACUAGCGUUAUGUAUACCACGAAAACUCGACCAGAACCGCCCUCUCCUGCACGACAGCUUGCAUAUGAGGGAGGUGCACCGCUCUUGGGUCCGGAGCAAGACCCCUCUGGUUGGCAGGUUGCGCCUCCUGUCACGUUCCACGGUAACAACUCCGGCGGUCAAGAUGCUGAGGUGACUUAUACACUUGCGCUUGCCAAACCACUGUCGUACACUCGCGGAAGCGUGAUCCCACUUCACGUCAUCGUCGCAUGCUCAAACGAGCAAGUCUUGGGAGCUCUUUCGGCGCCAGAGGCUCUCAACGUCUGUCUCCUCCGCACCUGCAAGUCCGGAUACGACGUGCUCGGCGGAGACUUCUCUGUCGGCGCAGGCUCGCGCCAACCCUUGGCGGCGGCAAGGCAUACGGAUCAGCGCCGCUUUCUGUAUGAGCGAGUGCAGAAAGCAGUGUGGUGGCUCGAGCCAUCCAUAGACGCGGCGAAGUGCAUGUUGCAAGGAGAGAUUCAUCUCUCUCCCCAUCUGGACCCUACGACACACCUCGGAAUGUAUGACCACACUUAUGAUGUGGUCUUGUACCCACCUGACGUAUCUGCCUUCUCUUUCAGCAGGGAUACAGCAUCGCAAGUCCAUCCAGUUGAGAUCUGCACCAUGUACGCAGCAGGCCCGCGUCCGGCAGCGCGUUUGCCACCUACCUACGACGAAAUUAAACGAAUGAAUGGGCGGCCGUUCGGUAUGCAGGCUGCCUGGGCCAACUUCUGA